AUGUGGAACAUUCUUUUUUACAUUACUUAUUUUUUUGGUAAGUAAAAAGUGUAUCAUUUUUUAUUCAAAUUUGCUCACUAUUCAGGUGUGAUACGUGCAUUUGAGUAUUAUGGAGUCUCCGUCGGAACGUUCUCUGGAGCUGGAGUCCAAGGGGAAGUGUUCCUGGUCAAUGAAACUCAUCUGCAAAUUGUGGACUUCAGGGCAACGAGUUUAAGUAAGUGUUGAACCUAGCAACGGAAUAAUCGUGGCGUUUGACUACUAAAACAAAAAAGUCAUUUAAUUUUGCAACUGGUUCACUUUAUUGGAGUUUGGUUUUAGUUUUGUAAACACAUGGAAUUGCAAUUCGACUUUUUUUCAGACCUUCCACCAAUCCCAUUCAUCCUAAUAUCAGGAAACAACCAAAGAACCACUCCAAAAGUCUACCAGUACCUUCAUUCUCCUAACGGAGAAUGGCUGCAGAAACUGUGAGUGGGCAGUUCCCGAGAACGCGUCAAUAGUAAUAUCAUUUAGGGUGUCAAUGGGAAAUGAGCACAAAACACAUUCGAGACUGGUCCUCAAAAUGAAUUCGGGCUCAGCUGCGCAGUGGAAACAAUUAGCUGUUGUGGAUGUUAAUGGGGUAAGUGAUUUGAUACAUUGGUGCAAACAUUUUUUGAGAGUAUAUGUAAAAGGUAGGGGGUCUCGUUCCUUUUUCAUGACCUUUCCCUUACAGAGCAUAUUAUCAUCUGUGAUUCUGGAUAAAAAACCUCCACAACCAUUCUGUUGCUUUGAAAGAGAGCCUGAUAUGGGCAUGUUCGGAGAGUAUGGAAUCAUCUCCGAUCCCGUUGAAGUGCUGGACUCAAAGACUUUGAGAGUACCCAGGUUCUCCUACAAAGCUUCCCAAACGCCAGGUGGGUAAUGAAUAUUUUCACAUUAUAAAAAUAGUUUUCAGAUGGCUACUUUUUUGCCGGAUCAGGAUCCGAAAUUGAUACAAAUUCAGGGAAAAGAGCUUUAAUCGUUGGAAAAGAUUCUCCGAGCAAGUUAGUUUUUUUCGAGCUUAUUUUUCAUUUUUGCUAAUUUAAGCUCAGACGGUUCCUUGUUGAUAAAACUAUCACACUUAUCUAUUUUCUUAUUUCCAGCAUCUGCCCAAUGCUCCAAGACAUCACCGACAGAGAUAUGAUUGUUCGAUUGGGUGAAAACCAAACGGUCUACGAUAUCGAGUGGCUCAGCGUGUUUUGCUACAAAUAUUCGCAUGACUUUGGACAUUUAGACUUAGGGCUCGUUGAGAAUGAAGAACAAGUACCUCCUUUCAUACCUGACGUCAGAUCGGAGCCACCCACUGGAGUUCGUCGGAGUUGUUAA